AUGGAUCCGGUAUCUGUCAUCUCGUUGAUCAGUUUUGCCGGACGCUGUUCCGACUUGCUGGGGAAAUGGAUCAAAACGAUACGGAACGCGCCCAACGAAAUACUAUCCUUGCACAAUGAGCUGAGCGACCUGAAAAUGCUGUUGGUGGAGUAUGAAGCUCUGAAACCUUUUCUUUGUCCUGAAAGGGACUGCACAGAUGUGGGAUACCAUUCUUCCGAGACAGCAUUUACAGCAUGUCUGGCAAAGAUCAGGUCAAUCUUCCAGGAGCUCAACGUGCUGUUGGAGACGGUGCUCGAAGAACGACCUAGUCUCGAUCCACAAUUUCAGCGUCACAGAUGGCUUCGCAAGAGAAAUUCGGCUUCGAGAUUGCAACAAGAACUCGGAAGAGCGCGUCAAACACUCCGGGAUGUCAUUAAUAGUGCAUCCAUGACUCCGCUGGGGAGAAUCGACCUGCGUCUAGAGUCGAUCCGAGCUGUUUUGUCCACUGAUAGUUCCCAGUCGAUUCAUAGCCCUGUUGAUGAUGUGGGACCACCACUCACAGCAGAGGCAGUGCCACUUGCUUUGGAAGGGCUUCGAAGGAUACAAGGGCAUUCUGCCAAAGUGUUCACAGUCACAGCGUAUCGUCGAUCACCAUGUGACCUCCGCUGUCGCUGCUCAUGCCAUACACGUUCUCCUUUGUCACAGUGGAAUGUACUGCCGCGUAUCAUUGGCACAAUAUUCGUUGGCUACACAGGGUUGCCUACGCUUGGUGCUCGCUGUGACAGUGGCUCUUGUUAUCAGUCUCAAGUCCAAGCAAUUCAAGUGGUCUACACUUUUCCAUCAUGGUUUAUGCAGCGGACACUCGAUCUUGUCGGCGGGAAGAACUCACAAGGGGACCCCGAAUGCAGCAUUACGCUCAGAAACCGGGUUGAGUAUACUCUUGACAACAGUCUGUUUCAGCUCGCGAGAAAUGGCAACGUCGAUGCUAUGAAGCUGAAAUUGAACCAGCAUUGUGCUCACCCCAACGACUUGAGUCUCAGAGGAGGCCAGACAGCAUUUGAUUGGGGUUUGCAGUACGCUAUAAGGAGUAACAACCUGGACCCGUGUAGGAUUCUUGUUGCGGCAGGUGCUGACCUCGAAAUCGAGGAUGACUAUGAGAUGAAUAGCGCCUUGAUCGCGUCAGACGUCAUGUUCACAGGUCAGUAUCAGCCUAUUGAGGCUGGGCUGUCUGAGUUGCCCAGCAAUGUUGACCUGAUGGCGCUAUGGAACUUUUCUCAUCUGCACCGUGUCGUCCUCGGUAUCUUACCUCUAGACCUCACCACUGAGAUCAAAAAUCUUACGCAUCGCAGUCACAUAGAUGCACGAGACUCACAACGGAGGUCUUGCCUGCACUGGGCUGCAUCGAGGGGUGAUGCUGCCGCCACUCAGACUCUUCUCCUAGCUGGCGGGGAUCCGAAGGCGAUCUCUCUGGAGGGCCGUACACCACUGCAUUACGCCGUUCAAGCCGGAAGCGUACAUUGUGUUGAUCUGCUAUUGCUUGCUGGCUGCGAUGUGCAUCUGAAAGACAAACGUGGCGAUGAUGCGAUUUUGGUGGCAGCUUGGGCCAGCGACGCUCCUUUGAUGAUCGAGACAUUGGUCAAGGCUGGUGCAAACAUAAUGAGUCACAAUGCUGGAGGGGUCACAUGCCUUCAGUCAGCCGCUUGCUUAAACCAUGCCGGGAACGUUGCGGCCUUGCUUGACCUCGGGGCGGACAUUGAUGCAUUUGACCAGAAUGGCGAUACCCCUCUAUUCGAAACAAUCUACUACGACUGCAAGCAAGCAUUCGAGACAUUGCUGCAGCGUCGAAUCGACUGGACUCACAGGCGUCGCGACGGUUCGACUAUAUUGCAUAUAGUUGCGCUCCAUGGCGGCUUAGACACAAUCAAAGCUGUGGGGCCACAUAUCGCUGGCGUUGACCUCUCCUUAGCGAAUGCUAAAGGUCAGACUGCUCUCGAGAUGCUUGCAGAUAGACUAGUCCCAUGCGAGGAGUUCAGCCAGCGUUUCCGAAUGCUGAUUGAGACUCUAUCAGAUCUAACAGACUCGGCAAGCGAAGGAAACUUUGAGAGCGCUCUGGAGGUGCAGCUGGAUUCGGGAACAGCGUAA